AUGGUGUUCGACCCGGUCUGUGAGGAGCAGAGAAAGCAAUUCUUUCGACAAAGUUAUGGAGCUCAUUUACCUGGGUACACAGGUCAUUGUCCUACGCUUAAAUUUCGUGUUGGAAAAAGAUUUGGAGCGAAUACGGAAGAAAUAAUGAAGGAAUUAUUAGAAAAGAAAAUCCUCAAGACUGGACCAUAUAAGCCAAAUUCUGGUGGAGAAAAUGAAUUAUCGAGUCCUCAGGUUAAAGAAAUUAAAAGAGACUGGAACAACGAAGCUAAAUUAUAUAAGGCACCUCCAUACAUCCUAGGAUACACUGGAUAUAUUCCUGGCUUCAACAACAGAUAUGGUUUACCCUUUAUGAAAGCUGUAGAAGUCGGUGCCAAAGAAUGGCAUGAGGCACAAAUGAAACUGAGAGCACGACGUGAUGCAAUGAGGGCUCAUGCCGAGCGAACAGAUCCAAGAAAUCUUCUAUCUCGAGCAAGAACAGAUAACGUGGACAUCGAGAUCGACCACGGUUAUGAUAGAGACAGAAAAAGUUUUGAUUAUCAUGUCUCUCCGGAAAGACCGCCAAUUGUCGGUUAUACCGGUCACAUUCCAGGAGCGAAAGGGGAAGUUGCACUUUCUAAGAGAUACGCUCAAGCCGCUAAGAAAGGAUUGGAACGUGUUCAAAGGGAACGUGAAGAAAGGCUCAACAGGGCUAAAGAAAUGCUUGCUGUGCAAAGAGUCCUCGAUAAUGCAUACCUCGACGAAACGGGACAUACACGUGCAUAAAAUAAUACAGAAACUUUUUAACUAAAGUAUAUAAAAAGGAAAAAAUAUAUUUAAAAGAGGAGAGAAAAACAAUUGAAAAAAGACAGAGUUUACAUUUUUAACAUCUAUAUAAAAAUUACGAAAUUUUGCAAUGCAGACUAAAGUUAUGACAUUCGAAUCUCACGUUUCGAUUAAUGAACAUUUUGUGCCUUCGACAAGAUCGCGAGUCAAAAUAUAUAAAUGCAAGAAAAUAAUAAUGUCAUAUUUUAUAUAUUAUAUUAGCAAAUCUCUCUCUAAUUGCGAAAUUAUACCUAAA